AUGAUACCUACUUCCAUUGCACAGCUGGCAGCAGGUGCACUCCCGCACAGCCUUAUUUCAACACUUGGAUCAGCAAGUCCCUCUCAACUGGAUGGCCAGAGCGGCAUACCACAAACAGCCAAUAACGCAGGCCAUGCAAUUGUUGAGCCAGCUCUCACGUCGCCUGAAGGCUCAGUUAUCCCGUUGGAAAAUAUGAAUCACAAUCGUGACGAGCAAGAUAAUGACACCCCAACGCCAAAAACAUUCCCGAAGAAUGGUAUCCCGUGGACCCCUCCCUCAAUACCACAUGAACCCGCAGAGAAAGACCCAGCUACUCCAACAGCUGCCGUGAAUGAUAUUACGGAUAAAUUUCUUGUUUCCACCGGUUCUGUGAAUACGCAGCUUAACCACCGUAGCCCACCAACCCCAGAUGAUACUCCACCAAGGCGUAAAUCGAAACUUCCUGGGUCCCAGGCCCCUCCUACCCAGCGAUAUCCCUCAUCUCGUGCAGAGUCGUUCACUACAGCACAAGAGAACUUUUCAUCUGAUGAUGAAGGCAAUAAGGGUCCCCCGUCGCUGUGCGACACUCCCACACAAGCAAUGCAGAACUGGUUAGAUUCAACCAGAUCUGCUAGGCUAGAGAGCACUGACCUUGGGUUAGGGGUUGAGCCUUGCAAUUCCGACAAUGAGGAUAAGUUUCCGAAAUUGGAUGCGCAAGCUCUCAGUCAUACAAACAGCAAAUUUACAGAGUUUGAUGGGGCGUGGGAUCGCGAGCCCGAUAAAGGUACCGAGGCGCCACCACGGGAAUGGAACACAAACAUAUCGAGGAAUGUGACGUUACGAAGAAAACCAGAAAAGCGACAUGAUAAUUAUGCCUUCAAAACGGAGGCUGAAAUACAGAGACAGCCAUUGCCAGAGCUGAGUAACAGAUUUGAAGCAGACCAGCCUGGGCCCCGAGAGCCGAGUCUGCGAGACCGUAUUGAAAAUCAUCCGCGUGGUCGCCAGACAGAUUCAAUGGAGCGUUUUGCUAAAGAGAUAGAAUGGCCGUUUGAAGAAGAUAGUGCUUUGCACGGAACUCCUGAUGUUACAACGCCAGGCUUCGACAACCGUCGGCUUUCUGCCAUGUCUGCGACCUCGACCAUCGUCGAGGCGAUGAUUGUGGAUACAACCCCUCAGAGGCACAGGACGCUGCGUCAUACAGGCAAGAACUUAGCUUUGCGGAGGUCCGAUCCGGCACCACAGCUUCCCCGGGAAGGACGUCAAGAAUUUGAGAAACGCUUGUCGCAACCUGAGACAAAGACUCGGAAGCGCAACAGCAGAGCUAGCCCUUUUUCAAAUGGAUCUCUCUAUGGAUCACGACCGGCAUCUCUCGGACAAACGAAGCUGGACGAUGUCGUUCCUAUAGUGGUGAUUCCAGAGAGAACGUCUUCCUUUAAAUCUUCGACAGCCUCCAGCAGGGAGCAGUCAAGAGCGCAAUCUCUUAUCUUUCAAGACACGCCUGAAGAUAUCGGAAGCCCAGAUGAUCGGAACUUGACAGAUACUGCGCUGGAUGAUACAUUGAAAAACCCACUGAACCCGAAGAGCGAAGCUGCCGACGCAGGAAGGUCCCGUGAGAAGCGUGAGGCAUCGACCGUCCCCGUACAAAGCUCCUCGCAUGUCGGUCCGACGAACAGAAGUAAGCCGCAUACUCCAUCACUCAUCCUAAAUGGCUUUGAGAUUCCAAAGUCCCAGAGGAGAAGCAAGGCUUUCUCGUCGGAACAUGCCCCUAUUUCCUCUCCGAUCAUGUCAGAACAUGAUGGAGAAAAAGGCAGCCUGCAGUUGUCCCCUGAUGUACAAGGUGAACGAUCGUUGUCCUGGCAUACCAGUGCGUAUCACACCCCGUUUUCAGGAGCCUCAAUGACCUCAUCGACUGAGGGGUUGGAAGUGAGGGAAGCGACGGCUGUCAGCAUCUUCCCGCACCAUAACCACUCUUUGCUGGUUGUUCAGCAGCUUGCGCAGCCCGGUCCACGUCCAAGCGUGCGUGCAGGUCUUGAAAUGAUUGAUACAGGAGGCAACAAAGAUACAGCCCUACAUACCGGCCAUCCUCUCAGUCUCGUCCAAUCACCGUUGAAGAAUCCGCGUGCAGCUCCAGCACCUCCGGAAUUUAAGGUUAUUCCACCCACGCCUCUAGAGGAACAUGAUCGACAGAUUGGUAGCCGGGAUUUAUCCACUGGCCCGACUCGUGCAUUUUCGAUGGUCAGACGGGCACUAACUACACGACGGUUCUCUGACUCGAUCGUUUCCCCGUUUGCCCGAUUACAAACUUACAAGACCGUCACGAGUGAUAAGAAAAGAGUUCCCAGCGUAUCCGAGGAUACAGACAAUAGGCUGCACCCUUUCUGGAGACCUCGAGGCUUCUGGGACGAUCUUGAAGAUUCCGAAGCGGAAUCAGAUUCGGAAGACGAGGUGGACCCCAGAGAGCAAGCAUUGCUCACUGCCGCGUCUUUCUCACGCCAACAAUCUCCCCAUCGGACACUUUCGCUACCUGGUUCAUCUUUGCGUCGCAGAUGGGGCACGUUCCGAAAUAAUUAUCAAAACGAUGGGAGUAAUGAGCGUAUGCCGGCGACUUUAAACAGAAGGACUAGCAGAGCAAGUUUACGUAGUACUACCAGCUCAGGCAUCGUCAAAGCUUCUGCUAGACAACGAAGGCGACCCCGUGCGACAGCUAUCCCGGCUCUAGGCAUUCAGAUCGAGUACGUUGGCUUCAAAGGGUUAAAGGAAAGGCUUCGAGAGCGCAAGGAAAGGAAAGCAGAAGAGGCCCGGGAGGCGCGUCGAGAGAAGAUCAGGCAGAGCAUUGGCCCUAGGAUUAUCACUCCUGACACUCGCUAUUUUUAA